AAACAUUAUCACGGAACUAAUUUAUAUUCAUUUCUUAUUCAUUAUUAUUUUUCUUAGCUUGCUUAUUGUGUUGUACAAUUCCUAGAAAAAGACGCAACUUUAACCGAAUCCGUGAUCAUGGGCUUAUUGAAAUAUUGGCCUAAAACUUGCAGCCAAAAAGAAGUUAUGUUCCUCGGCGAAAUUGAGGAAAUUCUUGAUGUAAUUGAACCUACUCAGUUCGAUAAAAUUCAAGAAUCAUUAUUUAAGCAGAUUGCCAAAUGUGUAUCGAGUCCACAUUUUCAGGUUGCAGAGCGGGCUCUCUACUUCUGGCAUAACGAAUACAUAUUAAGUCUAAUCGAGGAGAACUCUAACACAAUAAUGCCAAUCAUGUUUCCCGCAUUAUAUAAGAUUUCGAAGGAGCAUUGGAACCAGACGAUCAUCGCUCUUGUAUACAAUGUUUUGAAGACCUUUAUGGAAGUUAACUCUAAGUUAUUUGACGAAUUGACUGCAAAUUAUAGACAAGAAAGACAAAAAGAGAAGAGAAAAGAAAAAGAAAGAGACGAGUUAUGGAGGAAAUUAUCGGAAUUGGAAUUAGAUGCCAAGAGUGGACCAAUAGGAGACGGGAGACUUUAACCACAACAUAAAUAUAUAUAAAUUGUAACAAAGAAGCAAAAAGAGAGAUAAUAGCUCACUCUGGUGUAAACACCGGGAAGUUUGGGCUGGGCACAUUUUAUGCCGUUUGAGACAAUACCAACAAGCGUCCAAUAGCCUUUCAUGUUGAUCAUCAAGGGGCCGCCGGAAUCACCAAAACAUGCAUCCUUUCCUCCUUCCUGGAAACCAGCACAUAAAGACGAUUCAGGAAUCUUUACCUCUUUAUUAUACUCCGAA